GGCACCCACGCCGGGGCGCUGGGGCCCCCCCUGCCCCCCACCGGUGCUCGAGUCACCUGGGAGGGCAGCGUGCUCAUUCGCGUCGCGGGGGCGGCUGAGCAACAGCAGCAGCAACAGCAGCCACAGCCACGGCACCCGAAGCCACAGCAGCAGCCACAGCCACAGCAGCAGCAGCCGGAAGGGCUGGCGCCCCAUGCCAGGUUGCAAGAGCAACAAGGCUUAGCAGCAUGCCCUACCCGGACGGUGGAGGUCUGGUGGUCUUGGGACCCCAUCUUCCUCUUCAAGCAACUCGGUUGGCAACAACAACAGCAACAACAGCAAGGACAGGAGCAGCAGCGGAAACCGCACAGGCAACAGCAGGUGAGCCUGGCGGGAUCAUGCGAGGCGGCUGGGAUUGCGGAGGAGUAUCAGGAGGGUGCGCAGCAGCUUGCCCGACCCGCUUCCAAGCAACACGCCGACGUAUCCUGUUUGGGCAAUGGUUUCGGCGGCGGCACUAGCGCCCUGGCGCCUGAGUUUGGGGACACGGCGGCGCAGACAGCGGCUGAGGCGAGGGCUGCGUUUGCGACGGAGGAAGAGGCGGUGCAGGCUGCUGGUGCUGCGGUGGCGGCUGCAGCAGAGGCGGCAGCGGCAGCAUGGCGGCUGUCGGCAGGGACGCCUGAGGAGGGGGCAGAGGCAGAGGCGGCGCUGGCGGGGGUUCAGGCGGCUAACCGGGCUGUGGUUGAGCUUUACUUCCACACUUACAACACGGGUCGAUAUAAGGUGCUGGAUCAUAUCGUACAUCCUGAAUACCAGUACGACGGCUUACUUGAUCUGGGUGACAG